CAACCAUGUCGAAGUCCAAGCUAACUUACUUCUUUUUCCUGAUCUUUGCCGCUUGCGUUAUUGCAAUAUAUGUAGCAUACUUCAUCCUCCUCUUUCCCACACUCAUCCAGUACCGCAGAUCAUGGCCGGUAUAUGCGAUACUCGCCAUCCUCUUUCCUGUUGCUUUCCUCGUUGGUCUCCUCGGUUUUUGUGUAUACUACAUCCUCCAGUGGAGAAAAGCCAAGCGACGUCGCGAAAAUGAGCAGACAGAGCUGGAAGAGAAGGCGGAGGACAAGAUAUACAUCGAGGAGCUGAUGGAUGCAAAGAAGCCAAGAGCGGUCAAGUUCCGAGACAGCCAUUCGAGUGAGGGGUCAUCAAAUAUUAUGUGGGAGCUUGAGAGUACUGGAUUUGAGGAUAUUGAAUUGGGCGGGCCUUCGCCGAUGCCGAAAGCACAUGUGUAGUCUCUAUGUGUCGAUCUGGG